AUGCGGCUAGUGGAUGAUCCGCUCGUGCCCGUCCGAUUGGACCUUGAGAUCGGAGAUCAACGGCUGCAGGACGCUUUCUGCUGGAACAGCAACGAGCCGGAUGGGGAGAUAGCGGCCUUUGCAGAGGGCCUGGUGAGGGACACGAAGCUUCCUCCCUACUUCCUGCCGCACAUCACACAGGCCAUUCAGGCCCAGGUGGCUGAAUUUCGAUCACUACAUGUGCAGGACCUGGCAGCAGUGCUUGGAGCCAGUGAGGAGAACGUGCACCUGGUGAAGCUGGAUGUGUGCACAGCCACAUGCAUUAUCCGAGACCAGUUCCUGUGGGAUCUGAACAACCCAUACGCGGAUCCCGAGGCCUAUGCUGCCGGCCUGUGCUCUGAUCUUGGGAUUACUGAUGCCGACCCACAAGCACAGGUCUGGGUUGCAGUGACACUACGAGAACAACUACUAGAGCUCGCCCGCCAGAUGCUCGCCUUUAAGGAGCCCCGCUCCUCCAAGCGGCCAAGGAGAGAGCGAGGGGGGAACGCCGACCCAAAGGCCACAGCAGCAGCUGCCGCUCCCACCCAACCCAUGGGCACCACGGCUCUGGCCUUCAUGCACAGAGCAGAUGGGCGCAUCAGCGUGAGAAGGCCUCGCAAGGACUGGCCUGCUUUUGAACCCCAGGUGGAGCUCCUUCAGACCCCCACUGCUGGUAACCCUACUGGUGCAUCUGCUGCUCGUAACACCGCUGGUAACCCUGCUGACGCUGACGAUGCAGCCAUUGCUGCUCUGGUCGCUGGAGAUAUUGCUGCUGACGUGGCUACUCCAGGACAGGUGGAUGAGGACACUGGUGCUGCUGAUGUGGCAGGUACCGCUGCCUUUUCUGCUGACGUGGAUCUUGACGCAGAUGAUGAUACCGGUGCUGGCGAUAAUGCGGGGAAUUAUUAUGGAGUAGGUGCUGUCGUGGCAGAUAGGGAUCUCGGAGACGACGACAAAUAUCUUGGUGAUGAGUCGGAUGAUUUGGGAGGUGUAGUAGAGGAUGAAGUGUAUCUUUCAUCCUACUUGCCUAGGAGGGGUCCGAAGCAUCAUUUGUGA